AUGUCUAUGGAGGUAACAUUUCUGGGUACUGGUGCAGCAUACCCAUCCCCGACCCGGGGCGCCUCUGCUCUGGUCCUUCGGUGCGAGGGCGAAUGCUGGCUCUUUGACUGUGGGGAAGGAACUCAGACGCAGCUUAUGAAAAGCCAACUUAAAGCAGGGAGGAUCACCAAGAUCUUCAUCACACACCUUCAUGGAGACCAUUUCUAUGGCCUGCCUGGCCUCCUCUGUACAAUCAGUCUGCAGAGUGGCUCGGUGGUCACCAAACAGCCAAUAGAAAUCUAUGGCCCUGUAGGCCUUCGGGACUUUAUCUGGCGAACCAUGGAACUCUCUCAUACGGAGCUGGUCUUCCCAUAUGUGGUCCACGAGCUGGUGCCCACAGCGGAUCAGUGCCCUCCAGAAGAGCAGCAAGAAUUCACAUACGUGAAAAGAGCAGACAGCCCUCCCGAAGAGGGCCAAGGGAGAACGAUUGUGUUAGACUCAGAAGAAAGCUCUUACCUUUUGGUUGAUGAUGAACAGUUUGUUGUAAAAGCAUUUCGCCUCUUCCAUCAAAUUCCCUCCUUUGGGUUUUCAGUCAUGGAGAAGAAACGUCCAGGUAAACUCAAUGCACAGAAACUAAAAGACCUUGGUGUUCCGCCUGGUCCAGCCUAUGGAAAGCUGAAAAGUGGCAUUUCAGUUGUUCUGGAAAAUGGGGUUACAAUUGCUCCCCAAGAUGUGUUACAAAAGCCGAUCACUGGAAGAAAAAUCUGCAUCUUAGGUGACUGUUCUGGGGUCGUGGGGGAUGGAGGAGCAAAGCUGUGUUCAGAAGCAGACCUGCUGAUCCACGAGGCGACCCUGGAUGAUACCCAGAUGGACAAAGCCAAGAAGCACGGCCACAGCACACCACAAAUGGCCGCAGCCUUUGCGAAGUUGUGCCAAGCCAAGAGGCUGGUUUUGACUCACUUCAGUCAGAGGUACAAGCCAGUUGCCUUGGCCAGAGAAGGAGAAGCAGAUGCUAUUGCAGAACUGAAAAAGCAAGCUGAAUCCGUGUUAGAUCUCCAAGAAGUGACUCUAGCGGAAGAUUUUAUGGUGAUCAGCAUUCCAAUCAAGAAAUGAACCCACAUUCCUGUGUGCUUCUGGACAUGCCAGUGGGUAUGUUCCUGAGUCUCCAGUCCAGAUGGCUUUCUGUUUGUUUGGCCGUAAUUAGGGGCGCCUAGUAAUCUUACAAAGGAUGGCCCUACAUUGUUGACUCAG